AUGUUGCUAAAAUGUUUACUCUUCAUGGUGGUUUAUUACUAUAAUUGUUGUUAGCGUCAUAUUGAUCAUAGUUGCUAUUGUUUUAGGUGUUAUUAAAAGAAGAAGAAGAGAGUAAUAAAGACUAAUGCAAUUAAAAUUACAACAAUAAUUAUUGUAAUAGCAAUAAGAUUAGUUAAGGCCCAGUUAACAACCACCUAUCUAAGGUGUACCUGUUUAACCAGUAGGCUAUAAUCAAUAUCCUGGAUAACCUGCUUAAGGAUAAGUAUACUAUUAACCUCCUCCUCCAAUGAAUAAUUAUCCUCCUUAACCAAACUAAUAUUAACAACCUUAACAAGCUUUAAUAUGAUUUAUGCGGCAGCUAUGAAUAUAUUAUAUAAUUAGAUAUUAUAGUAUUUAUCUAUAAAUAUGUAUUUAGAAUUUAAUUUUUUUAUAAAUAAAGGCAAUCAUUUUUAUUAAAAUUUUUGUGGUAAAUACAUUUAAUUAAUUUAUUGA